UCUGAUAAUAAAUCGCCAGACUAUUAUGAAAUAUCCGAUGAAUAUGAAACAACAGAUAUGUUUAUUUCAACUGAAUUUUCUGAUAAUGAAUUGCCAGACUGUUAUGAAACAGACGAUGAAUAUGAAACAGGCAAUGAGUAUUCAAAUAAUGGAUCAGUUUCUGAAGAAUUUAUACCUAAAAAAAAUAAAAUCCAAGCAGAGUUGGCUAGUCAUCCAGAUGUACUCGAAAUUUUAAGUCCACUAUGC